AAAAAUACACAAAGCAUCAUCAGCCUAAAACCACACACAGCAAACAUGAACGAGAUUUCCCAGAAGGCUGAGAUUCUGCUCUCUUCGUCUAAACCUGUCUCCAAGUCCUAUGUGCCCAGACUUGGCAAGGGUGACGUAAAGGAUAAGUUUGAAGCCAUGCAGAGAGCCAGGGAAGAAAGAAACCAGAGGCGGUCUAGAGACGAAAAGCAAAGAAGAAAAGAACAAUAUAUUAGAGAGAGAGAGUGGAACAGGAGGAAGCAGGAGAUGAAGGACCUGCUUGCUUCUGAGGAGGACGAAGAGGUGUCUUCUAAAGUGGAGAAGGCUUAUGUCCCAAAGCUAACAGGUACGGUUAAAGGUAAAUUUGCUGAAAUGGAGAAGCAAAGACAGGAAGAACAAAGGAAGAGAACGGAGGAGGAGCGGAGGCGCAGAAUCGAGCAGGACAUGCUAGAAAAGCGGAAAAUACAGCGUGAAUUAGCCAAGAGGGCCGAGCAGAUUGAGGACAUACACAACACGGCAGCUGAAUCAGGAUCAGAGGAAGGAGAUGACUCGCUGCUAAUAACAGUGGUGCCUGUCAAGUCACACAAAACAUCUGGGAAAAUGAGGACGUUUGAGGAUGCAGAAAAAGAACAAGAAGACAAAGAAAGGCUGCCGUGUGAGGAAGAUAAAGUACGCCGCGAGGAACAGCGACGCUCUCUCAAGGAGGCGAAGUGUCUCUCGUUGGUCAUGGACGAUGAAAUGGAAAAUGAAGCAAGAAAAGAAUCACCGUUCCCUGGAAAACUGAAAUUGACUUUUGAAGAACUGGAGCGACAAAGACAAGAAAACCGAAAGAAGCGAGCAGAAGAGGAAGCCAGACAGCGUUUAGAAGAGGAGAAACGAGCCUUCGAGGAGGCCAGGCGGCAGAUGGUCAAUGAAGAGGAGGAAAACCAAGCCACGGGAAAGAAUUUUAAGGAGUACCGCCCUGGUAAACUCAAACUCAGUUUUGAGGAAAUGGAAAGACAGCGGAGAGAGGAGGAAAAAAGGAAAGCAGAAGAAGACGCCCGGAGGAGAAUAGAGGAGGAAAAGAGGGCCUUUGCUGAAGCCAGGAGAAGCAUGGUAGUAGAUGAUGAUUCCCCAGAGAUAUAUAAAACAAUCUCUCAAGAAUCUCUUACGCCGGGAAAACUGGAAAUUAAUUUUGAAGAGUUAUUAAAACAAAAAAUGGAAGAAGAAAAACGACGAACAGAAGAGGAACGGAAGCAUAAGCUAGAAAUGGAAAAACAGGAAUUUGAACAACUGAGACAAGAAAUGGGAGAGGAAGAGGAAGAGAGCGAGACUUUUGAACUGAGCAGAGAAUAUGAAGAAUUAAUCAAAUUAAAAAGAAGUGGUUCUAUUCAAGCCAAAAACCUAAAAAGCAAAUUUGAAAGAAUCGGGCAGCUGUCUGAGAGAGAAAUACAGAGGAAGAUAGAAGAGGAACGGGCGAGGAGGAGAGCAACUGACCUCGAAAUCAAAGAGCGAGAGGCAGAGCACUUCCACGAGGAGGAAGAUGUUGAUGUAAAGCCUGCAAAAAAAAGCGAGGCCCCCUUUACUCAUAAAGUGGACAUGAAAGCUCGAUUUGAACGGAUGGCUAAGGCGAGAGAAGAGGAGGAGCAGAGGAGAAUUGAAGAACAGAAGUUACUAAGAAUGCAGUUUGAACAGAAAGAGAUCGAUGCUGCAUUACAGAAGAAAAGAGACGAGGAGGAGGAAGAGGAGGGUAGCAUCGUCAACGGCUCCACUGUUGAAGACGAAGAGCAAAGCAGAUCAGGAGCGCCCUGGUUCAAGAAGCCGCUCAAAAACACGUCAGUUGUAGACAGUGAGCCAGUCAGGUUUACUGUACAAGUAACGGGGGACCCCAAACCAGAAGUCACGUGGUGGUUUGAAGGAGAGCUGCUGCAGGACGGAGAAGACUAUCAGUACAUUGACAGGGGGGAAACGUACUGCCUCUACUUACCAGAGACGUUCCCAGAGGACGGAGGAGAGUACAUGUGCAAAGCAGUCAAUAACAAAGGCUCUGCAGCUAGUACCUGUAUUCUUACCAUUGAAACUGACGGCUACUAAGCUUCCUUCUCCUCCCUUGGAACUUUCUCUCCCCUCCAACUUUCUUCCUGCAUCCAUCUUUUCGGUGGCUGGGCCAGAAAAGGAAACCAGAAGUGCCACUAGCUUGACUUAACUCCUUUUCCUCAGUUUUCAAAACAGAAGCUCAUCUAAAGAACACCUUCUUUUCCAAGCAAGCAUCAGAUGUGUCACCAUACUCUGCAGAAGUCAACAAAAUGCAUCUAAGGGGGAUGGAACACUUAUUCCAUUAUUUGAGAGACAUAAAAAAAGAGGUGUAUUUCCCCCUAAUUUUUGUACCAGUUAAUUUUUAAAAGUAUACAUUAUUUUGCAUGGAAGAAUGUCCUUUACAAACUUUUACACCAAAAUCACUCUGAAAUAGCUAAGGCAAUGAAAGUGGAACCUACAAAUAAGUGGACUUUUUUUCAUAGUAGUACAUAAUUUUCAUCGUGGUAGUUUCAGUUUUUUUUGAAGCAGAUAUAUUAAGGGAAAAGGGUAUCAUUCUUUUCAUGGGAAAGAGCAUUGACAGAAACAAACCUAAGUAGGAUGUUUAAAGGAAACUGCCAGACAAAACUUCAUAGAAGCCAGUGUUCUGAAUACUUAACAUGUACUUUUCAAAUGUAUAAUACACAAACUUAUACAACAAGCUUUUACUGUGAUCUUCUCUGAGCAAAUUAUAUUUUAAUGAGAAAACUUUGUAUUAACAAUUCAUGCAGGAGAGAUUUCCAACAUCCCUGAAGGUUUCAAGAUCUAAGAGGAUGAGACUUAGAAGUAGCACAGCUUUCAAUCUAAAAUCCUAAUCUUUAAGUUUGUAAAUAACUAGUUAUUCUCUCCUACCAAGUUGUUUUAUAUUUUAAUUUUCUGAAAGACAGUUUUAUUUUACAGUGUGAAGCCAUGAUGUAACUUGUGUAUUAAAGGGGGAAAAAACCAGAUCUUUCCUCAAAGACUUGUAUGAUCAAAUGCUUAUUGAUAACUUCAUUGUUCCCACAGUGCAUAAACCUUUCAGGACAAAUAUAAGGGAGAAAAACUUUUUACUGGGUAUUAUAUGUAUCAAAGACACAAAGUACUCAUAUAAUAUUUGUCAAUGUACAUUUAUUUUUUUAUUGAGACCAUAAUGAAUACAAAAUUACAGCAAUCAUGUGUCCUUUACAUACGUCAUUAAAACAAACUCUAAACCA